AUGCCAGCAGCUGAAUGCGAGGCGUUCUUUGAGAUUGAGGAAAGAGCGAGGAGGAGAGUUAUGGAAGGACUCAAGCAUUAUUACCUUGAUACUUUGGUAGUGCACCCCAAUUACCAGCGGCGCGGCGCGGGCUCGAUGCUUGUACAGUGGGAUUGUGGCCUGGCGGACGAAGAGGGAGUCGCACUGUAUGCGGAUGCGAGCAGAGCUGGAGCGCCGCUGUAUGAGCGGUUUGGGUUUGUGGAUGAGAGCAAAGGUGAUUCGGGACAGGCGGAGGUUGCAUCUAUGAUUAGAAGGGCGCUUCCGACUACUCAGGCCUACAACAUGACACUGAGUAACUACCGGCGACUUAAUAUACCAGUUCCACUACAGCUGGGCUACAAACCAUAA